UUCAGUUCUUGGAGAUAUCGCCCGGAAUAUGCCUGAGCCUUUUUCGUUGCCCAUUUUUUGAUUCAUUAUCAUCAUUGUGGGAGAGCCAUGGAUCUUUUCUCAUUUCUUCUUCACCCUAUACUCCUUUCUGUGUCUCUAUGCGUAGUCUUCCUUGUCCGCAGAUACAAAUCUGCCACCGCAAAGCUUCCGCCGGGUAAUCAAGGAUGGCCCAUCAUAGGAGAAACUUUGGCAUUCGCUUUGGGAAGCAAGAGUGGGAACCCCACAAGGUUCAUAAAGGAAAGAAUGAUGAAAUACUCCCCCGAUGUGUUCCGGACCUCCUUGGUGGGCGAGAAGGUCGCUGUCUUCUGUGGCCCCGCAGGGAACAAGUUUCUAUUCUCAAACCACAACAAGCUCGUUGCCACUUGGAAGCCGCGGUCCAUGGAGAAGAUACUGCUCUUCGAGUCUCCCCCAAAGGUAGAACCAAGAGGAUUGCGCAGCUAUGUCCUGGAAUUUCUAAGGCCAGAUGUGCUACAGCGCUAUAUACAAAUCAUGGAUUCCAUGGCACGGGAGCACAUAGAGAUGGAUUGGGCUCCUAAUAGAGAAGUAAAGGUUUAUCCGCUAUCAAAGAAGUACACCUUUGCUUUGGCUUGUCGCUUGUUCAUGAGCAUAAAAGACCCUGAACAGGUCGCCAAGGUUGCUCAUCCCUUCCAUCUGAUUACAUCUGGGCUGGUGUCUGUGCCUAUAGAUUUUCCUGGUACGCCAUUUAACCGUGCCAAGAAAGGAGGCAAAAUGCUAAGGGAUGAGCUUGUAGCAAUCAUUAAACAGAGAAGAAAUGAGUUAUCAGAUGAGGGAGAACCAGAAGUCCAAGACCUGUUAUCUUCGUUGCUUUUACAAUCAGAUGAGAACGGCAAGGGUUUGAAUGACAUGGAGAUAUCAGAUAAAAUUGUUGGUUUGUUUCUUGCUAGCUUUGAUUCCACAAGUGCUACCUUAACAUUCGUUUUGAACUAUCUCGCAGAGUUCCCUGAUGUCUAUGAUAAGGUCUUAAAAGAGCAAAUGGAGAUAGCAAAGUCCAAAGAUCCAGGAGAGUUUCUGAAGUGGAAUGACAUUCAGAAGAUGAAGUAUACUUGGAGUGUGGCAAAUGAAACAAUGAGGUUAGCACCACCUGCCCAAGGAACUUUCCGAGAGGUCAUAACUGACUUCACUUAUGAAGGUUUUACCAUUCCAAAGGGAUGGAAGACAUAUUGGAGUGUACAUACAACAAACAGAAACCCCAAGCACUUCCCAGACCCGGAGAAAUUCGAUCCCUCAAGAUUUGAAGGAAAAGGCCCUGCACCAUACACUUUUGUACCCUUUGGAGGAGGCCCUCGGCUGUGUCCAGGGAAGGAAUAUAGUCGACUGCAAAUACUUGUAUUUAUCCAUAAUAUGGUGACAAGGUUCAAAUGGGAGAAAGUAGAUCCAAAUGAAAAGGUCAUAUAUAACCCUUCUCCCAUUCCAGUAAAUGGUCUCCCGAUCCGCCUCCAUCCCCGUGAAAAUAAGGUGAUUUAUAAGCAGUCCUUUUUCAUAGCCUACUUUUUGAUUCAUUAUCAUCAUUGUGUGGCAGCCAUGGAUCUUUUCUCAUACCUUCUGCACCUUAUAGUCCUCUUUGUGUCUCUCUGUAUAAUCUUCCUUGUCAGUAGACGCAAAUCCGCCUGUUCAAAGCUUCCCCCGGGUAAACUGGGAUGGCCCAUCAUCGGGGAAACCUCAGAAUUUGCUUUAGGAGGCAAAAAUUCUAACCCUGAAAGAUUUAUAAAUGAUAGAAUGAAGAAAUACUCCCCAAUUGUGUUCCGGACCUCCUUGUUGGGGGAGAAGGUCGCCGUGUUCUGUGGCCCAGCGGGGAACAAGUUUCUAUUUUCAAACCACAACAAGCUCAUUACCACUUGGAAACCACCAUCGAUGGAGAAGGCGUUGCUCUUCCAGUCUUCUCCCCCAAAGGCAGAACCGAGGGGAAUGCGUAGCUUUGUCCUUGAAUUUCUUAGGCCAGAUGCUUUGCAACGUAACAUACAUAUCAUGGAUUCAAUGGCACACCAGAACAUAAAUACGGAUUGGGCUCCUCAUAAAGAAGUGAAUGUUUAUCCACUAUCAAAGAAGUACACCUUCACAUUGGCUUGUCACUUGUUCAUAAGCAUCAAAGAUCCUGAGCAUAUCGCUAGGAUUGCUCGUCCCUUCCAUCAGAUGUUAUCUGGGCUCGUGUCUUUGCCUAUAGAUUUUCCUGGUACAGCAUUUAACUCCGCCAAAAAAGGAGGCAAAAUGCUUCGGCAUGAGCUUGUAGCAAUUAUCAAGCAGAGAAGGAAGGAGUUAUCAGAGAAAGAAGAAUCGGUAGCCCGGGACCUACUAUCUUCUUUGCUUUUAGCGACAGAUGAGAACGGCGCGGUUCUGAAUGACAUGGAGAUCUCUGAUAAAAUUGUUGGUAUAUUUCUUGCUAGCUUUGAUUCAACAAGCACGACUUUAACAUUUAUCUUCAACUAUCUAGCAGAGUUUCCUCAUGCCUAUGAUAAGGUCUUAAAAGAACAAAUGGAGAUAGCAAUGUCCAAAGAUCCAGAAGAGUUUCUGAAGUGGAAUGACAUUCAGAAGAUGAAGUAUACUUGGUGUGUGGUGAAGGAAACAAUGAGGCUAGCCCCACCUGCACAAGGAACUUUUCGAGAAGCCAUAACUGACUUUACUUUUGAAGGUUUUACCAUUCCAAAAGGGUGGAAGACAUAUUGGAGUGUACAUUCUACAAACAAAAAUCCCAAGUACUUUCCAGAUCCAGAGAAAUUCGAUCCCUCGAGAUUUGAAGGAAAGGGGCCUGCACCAUACACUUUUGUACCUUUUGGAGGAGGACCUCGACUGUGUCCAGGGAAGGAAUAUGUUCGAUUGGUAAUACUAGUAUUUAUCCAUAAUAUGGUGACAAGAUUCAAAUGGGCGAAAGUAGUUCCAAAUGAAAAGAUCAUAUAUAACCCUUCACCAUUUCCUGUGAAUGGUCUCCCAAUCCGCCUCCAGCCCCAUGAGAAAUAGAUUGAUUCACCAUUUGAGAAGGCUACCAUGUCUGGAGUAGUCGAACUAUUCUGCAGUGGACUUAUGUUAAAUAUAUGAACUAGCAAAUAAAUGCCAUAUAUAUAUAUAUAUAUGCAUGCAUUCUGAUAUUUCCAUAAUGGAUUUACAAUAAGAAAGCAAAGUUCCAAUGAUGAAAUUUUAGAUAGGUAUAUAAUUGACCAUCAGUA